CCAGUUAUCUGUCGUUAAGUGGAUUUUAAAAAUCUUGUCUUAAACAAGGUCACAUGGCCCCUUUUCCCUUGGAAGGUUCCCAGACGCCAGAAAAAGGAGCCAACAAUUUCCCCUGCUGACAUCUCGUAAUGUGACAGGAAGCAAGCCAAUACCUAAAGGCUACCCCACCAUGCCAUUAAGCCACCCGCACCCACCAAAGAAUUUCUUUACAACCAUACAACAUCAUCCAGGCUUUAUCAGCUUGCAGACAUCAAACACGAGGAGAAAAUGCCGACUGAGGGAGUCAGAGACAUUUUUUGCGUGUUUGGAGCAAGUCUGGCCGAGCAUGGAGGAGUUAGCGAGAGAAAGCAUCAGCUUGCUGGCCAAGCCCACGCUGAGUACGGAUGGCCCAAGACUAGGAUCUAUGGGAGCAAUUCUCAUCAUGCUAAAAUCUGCACUUGGUGCAGGACUUCUCAAUUUCCCUUGGGCUUUUGCCAAAGCUGGGGGAAUUCAUGCCGCAGUCGCCGUGGAAAUGGUGUCCCUGUUGUUCCUCAUCAGUGGGCUGGUGAUUCUGGGCUACUCCUCCUCCAUCAGUGGUCAGAACACAUACCAGGCUGUGGUUAAGGACGUUUGUGGGCCUGCCAUCGGGCAGCUCUGUGAGGUUGUCUUUGUCUUUAACCUCUUCAUGAUCUCCGUGGCCUUCCUGGUCAUAGUGUCGGACCAGCUGGAGAAAUUGUGCAUCUCUCUGUAUGAGUUGAUAACUGGACUGCCUGAAGCAGACAUGCCCAACCACUGGUACACAGACCCGCAUUUUGUCCUCAUUCUCCUGUGUGUCUUCUUCAUCCUCCCUCUCUCCAUCUCUAAAGAAAUCAGUAUUCAGAAGUACAUCAGUAUUUUAGGUACUCUCGCGGCUACAUACCUAACAGUUGCCAUCAUUGUGAAAUAUCACACACGAGUUGACAGUGAGAUGCAUCUAUCACCUCUGUAUAGUACUGGAAGAAGCUCUUGGGCUUCGAUGUUCAGUGUCAUCCCUACCAUCUGCUUUGGCUUUCAGUGUCACGAGGCCUGCAUCGCCAUCUACAGCAGCAUGGAGAACAAGAAGCUCUCCCACUGGGUGUUUAUCUCUGUGAUGUCCAUGUUCUUCUGCCUGGUCAUUUAUUCUCUAACUGGUGUUUAUGGAUACCUGACAUUUGACAAGGACGUUGCAGCAGAUAUUCUCAUGUCAUACGCUGGGGAUGAUGUACUUAUGAUCAUUGCCAGGCUGCUCUUUGGUGUCUCCAUCAUCACAAUCUACCCCAUCAUCCUCCUGCUUGGAAGGUCAGUGAUUCAGGACCCACUGCUGAGUUUCCGUCAGCGCCUCCAUGUGGUGACGGAGUCAUAUGAGAACCGUAGCCGCGUUGUGCUGACAGUAGCCUGGAUUACCGUCACCCUCCUCAUUGCCAUGUUCGUCCCAGAUAUCAGCAAAGUUAUCAGCGUCAUUGGAGGAAUCAGCGCAUUUUUCAUUUUCAUCUUCCCAGGACUAUGUCUAGUGUUUGCAAUGCAGUCAGAGCCAGUAUCAAUCCAAACAAGGGUGGUCCUUACAACGUGGGGAAUGAUCACUCUUAUCUGUGGAGCCUUCAUCUUUGGACAGAGCACCACUGUCGCAAUCAUGCAGCUUUUCAAUACCAUCUAUCCGUAGACAUAGAUAGGACUAUUGUGCCCAGAAUCUGGUUUCACUAGAUGGUGUCAUUGAGGACUUUCUGUAAAAUGUUUAAAAAACUAAAUGUAAACAAGUUGUUCACUUCCCCUUGUCUCCCCUUCCCAUUUUUAAUGCCAAAGACAAUAUUAGCAUGUUAAAGUAGUUACAUGUUUUGGGAAGUCCCUUAAAAGUGAGUUAAAAAGCACCAUGUUCAACGUGUUAAAGGUUGCAUUUCUUGCAUGGUAAGAAUCAUAGUGAAAUUUGAAAGUUGUGCCAAGGAUUUUCAAAGCAGGGAUAUGCAGAGUGUAAACAACUGAUUUGCAUCAUAUGGUAGCUGAAGAAUGUACAAUGCCCUUAACAAUUGGUAAAGAUAAGCUAAAGUCUAUGAAAAAAUAUUGUUGUUAAUCAGCUUGAUUGAUUGACAAAAAAGUUCUUAAUAAAUCUGUUAUCUAUAUCUACUGAUACCCUUGCAUUUAGCACCCUUCCCUUGAUGAAGUAACACUGUGUUCUACUGUAACGUUUGAUGAGGUGGGAGAACACAGAGGGAAGAUUCAGAGACCCUUCUGAGUCCAUGCAGAAUCUCUCUAGGCCCUCCACAUUCCGUUCUGGCCUCAACCCACAGGUUUUCCCCCGGGUUUAAGUCAAGGGAUUGGGAUGGUUGUGCAAAAGCUUGAUUUUGUGGUCAGCGAGUCAUUUUUGUUUGGAUCUGGAGAAGUGCUUUGGAUCAUAGUCCUGCAGGAAUAUCUAAUGAUGACCCAGUUUUAUCUUCCUGGCAGAGGCAGACAGAUCUUGCUUAAAAAUCUCUUGGUAACUGAGUCCAUGAUGCCAUGUAACUUUCCUGGGCCUUUGGAAGCAAAACAGCCCCACACCAUCCCAGAUCCACCACUAUACUUCAAAGUUGGAUGUAUAAUUUUUUUUAUUUGCAUGACCAUAAUUUUUUUUGCCCGGGGAAGUAGCCCAGAGCUAAAACAAAACAUUUAAUGCAAAUCUGUAUUUUCUUCCCCUACAUAAUGGGCCGAUAUGGGUUACCGUCAUUUGUAUGAGUUUUUUGAUCAGUCAAUACACCCUAUCCGCCUCCCAAAAUCAAUCUAUUGCUUAUUAUUCAAAAGAAAGAAAUAAUGAGCAUGCGCAUAAGCCGUCAGGAAUUGAACCUCACGGUGGAUUUCCACUGUUCCGGCGCGAAUUUGCCUGCAAAUGCACCGCCUUGCCCCUGGUGGCCGCUUAUGGGCGUGUGUUUGAUCGCGAAAUGGAAUUGGAAGGAGAAAAGACGUGUCUUGAUGGAAUCUCAUCAGCGGGUGCUGAACCUGCUUUGGGGGCAGAGCGGGAGGGUAGCACCCCCAACACCCCUACUUCCCAUUGCUAUGCUCAAGCUUAGCCUUGUG